UGAACAAAUAGGUGUUUUAAACCGAGUGGCACCAAACGUCUGCAGCAAGGGGACGGUUUCAUUGCAUUCAGACUCUUUUACCAAACAAGAUGCUGCGAAGUAUCAUCCUGGUCACCCUGCUGAUAUCCUCAGUUUGUGCUCUUCACUGGGAAAUGCACAAAGAAGAGCCCAAUGGAAAUGAAAUGGAAGAAGGCUCUGGUGAUGUACAAAAAGAACAACUCCCUGGAUUGUGCUGGGCUUGCAAGUGGGCCAUGAACAAGCUGAAAAGACGGAUCUCCAACGGCGCGACUUCGGAAGAAAUUAAAAAGAAGCUGUCGAUGGUCUGUGAUGAGAUCGGGUUCCUAAAGUCACUGUGUAGGAAGUUUGUGAACAAGUACACGGACACUCUGGUCGAAGAACUUUCAACUACUGACGACGCCAAAACCAUCUGUGUUAACAUUACCGUUUGCAAGAAAUAGCCCAUUGAGAAAUUAGUUAAGUCGUGCUUAAAAUUGAAAUUGUGUCAUACGCACACUCAUGUCGUUUCAAGACUUUCGUUCAUCUUUGACAUACAAAUCUGAGAGAUUACUGUCCCUUCAUUGAAAAUCACACGUGACGAAAAGCCAAUUUAAUCUGUUCAUCAUAUAAAACGAUCGCAUCUCUUCAAAAGACUUGGAGACCGCUCAAUUCGUAUGGAUUUCUUCUGCAAUCUCUUUAUUAAAGUUUUGACAUGUCAGUUUCGGGUAUUUAGACUGGAAUCUCAGUUUUGUGUUCUGAAUAUGAGUCUUAUGGGUUUGGAACGACAUGAGAGAGUAAAUUAUGACUGAAUUUUCAUUUCUGGGUGAACUAUAACUUUAAUGGUAAAGUCAUUUCUGUUUGCUUCCAAAAGUUGAUGAAAUUCUGCAGUGUUCUAGAGUUAAGAGUGUGAUUAUUGUGGUUUUGUAUGUCACAAGUUUUUGUUUUUUUCCAUAUUUGUCAAAUACAUCCGGCUUUACACCACUGUUUUUGUUUCUGCAAUCGACUGGAAAAUAAAUGUGUGAGAAGCA